GUCCGUCUGUUACUUGCAGUCAAAUUGACGAGAAAGAGUAAGUUUUUAGAUUUGAUCGCUCUUUCCUUUAUAAGCGCCCUCUCAUUGUUUGUAUCGUCGCGUGGCAAUAAGACUAAACCCUCUCCUCCCUCACCAACCAACUUUCACCUCUCUUUCAUCCCGAUCGCCACCAUGGCUACCAUUUCCAAGCUCGCAAAUCCCACACCUUCCGCCUCUCUCUCACCUUCUUCCUUCAAGUCUAGAUCUUUUAUGCCCCUGUGUCACGUCGAUUUCCAGACGAAAACUGCUUUCCUCGCCAGAGCUGCAUCGUCUAAGUUGUCACUCCUCCGAAAUGGCCAGACCGGCUCCUUUGUUGUCAGGUGUUCUCAAUCCAGUGGAAAUGGUAGUCCAAUAAAGAAAACAACUCUCCAUGAUCUCUAUGAACGGGAGGGACAGAGUCCAUGGUAUGAUAAUCUUUGCCGGCCUGUGACAGAUCUAAUCCCUCUGAUUGAGAGUGGUGUUAGAGGUGUAACCAGCAACCCAGCGAUUUUCCAGAAGGCAAUAUCAUCCUCAAAUGCUUACAAUGAUCAAUUCAGGGAAUUAGUGCAAUCAGGAAAAGACAUUGAAAGUGCAUAUUGGGAACUUGUGGUGAAGGACAUUCAAGAUGCAUGUAAACUUUUUGAAUCAAUCUAUGAUCAAACCGAUGGGGGUGAUGGUUAUGUUUCCGUUGAAGUCUCUCCCAGACUAGCUGAUGAUACUAAUGGGACAGUUGAGGCUGCAAAAUGGCUUCACAAGGUGGUUGAUCGCCCUAAUGUUUACAUUAAGAUUCCUGCUACAGCUUCUUGCAUUCCUUCAAUCAAGGAAGUUAUUUCAAAUGGCAUUAGUGUCAAUGUGACUCUUAUAUUCUCACUUGCCAGAUAUGAAGCUGUCAUUGAUGCCUACUUGGAUGGCCUUGAGGCUUCUGGACUGAGUGACCUCUCCAGAGUUACUAGUGUUGCUUCCUUCUUUGUCAGCAGAGUGGACACUCUCAUCGACAAAAUGCUAGAGAAGAUUGGAACCCCAGAGGCCCUUGAUCUACGAGGGAAGGCUGCAGUCGCUCAAGCAGCCCUGGCAUACCAGCUCUACCAGAAGAAAUUCUCUGGUCCAAGAUGGGAGGCUCUGGUGAAAAAAGGUGCCAAGAAGCAGAGACUUCUGUGGGCUUCAACCAGUGUUAAGAAUCCUGCAUACCCUGACACUUUAUAUGUUGCCCCACUCAUCGGACCUGACACGGUGUCAACUAUGCCUGACCAAGCUCUCCAAGCAUUUAUUGAUCAUGGAAGUGUAGCAAGGACAAUUGACUCGAAUGUAUCUGAAGCUGAAGGGAUUUACAAUGCUCUUGAGAAGUUAGGAAUUGAUUGGAAGUUUGUAGGCAAUCAGCUUGAAGCUGAAGGAGUGGAUUCUUUCAAGAAGAGCUUUGACAGUUUGCUGGAUACCCUUCAGGAGAAGGCAAACUCUCUCAAACUGGUUAGCCUGUAAGCCUUGUAUUUUUUUUUUUUUUUUUUUUUUUUUUUUUUCA